AGACGAAGAGUUUUCACAGAAUAAGGGAAAGUCGUUCUAACUAAAAUGAGAAUAACAGGAAAAGUGGAGAACUUUGAUGACCAAGAAGUAACCAACAGUGUAGGAGAGCUACUGAAAAUAGAAGAUAGAAAUAUCAGGAAAUUAACGGACAUUGUGUGUUUUCUGAGAAUGAGGAAGAUGACGAAUGAUGUUGAGGAGGAAAAGAGUAAAGGUGGUGGAAGAAGAGUUACAUUGGACAGAGAAGAAUAGUAGUAGUUUCGGAACGAUUUUAGUUUACAACCAGUCUCACAUCUGUCUGUUAGAGAAACUCACUUGGCGUCAUUUGAAGUGGCUGUAAGACUGGUUAGAAGAAAUAUAGAGUAACAAAAACUCAUAAGUGAAGCAGGAAGCCAACCAAAAAAAAAAAAAGGAAUGUAAAAGUUAGAAAAAGGAAGGAAACCUCAAAAAAUGAGGGCCGAUCAAAGAGAAAGCAUUUAGUCAUUGAGAGCGUCAAAAUUGUACCAGGCUAAUUAGAAGGACUUGGUGUGACGUUGUUAAAGAGGGUGACAUUAAAGAGGAGGUUUCCAACAAGAAAGCAAAAAGACGUCUUUCACCAGCAAAGAAGAUUGAGAAAGAUAUGGCUGCUGGUUCUGCUGUGGCAAUGAUAGGUGCGAAUCUUCGCUUUGGUAUUGGAGCAUCAGGAAAUGUGUCUUCCAAUGCAACAAAAGUAUUCCAAUGCCAUCCAGGCGGUGUCACUGAAGCAACUGUAAUAUUUAGCUUAGGAGCACUUGGCAUGGGUGCAAAUAUCGUUCUUAUGGCUUUAAUCCUCACCAAACGUCAGCUCAGAAGGUGGUCCCAAGGACUAUUAUUUCAUCAAGCAAUGGUAGACUGUGCAAGAGCUGCAAUACUAUUGCCACUCGGAUCAAGCAUACUAAACUGUCAACCUGUUAACAAGUGCUCACUUGUCGAGACAGCUUUUCUCUUAUUAGUUACUGUUUCAACAGUAAAUAUGCUUACUACAGUGCUCAAUGAUAGUCCUGUCUUUCCUGAGAGCGAUGAAGAAGCUGAUUUAGCAGCUCCAUUACUCAUGGAUUCUCCUCAGUGCGUCCUUUUUGGGACUUUUAUGAUAUGGUUUGCGAGCAUUACGAUAAACCUCGGACCUACAUUCCUCAGUGGGGCACUUGCUGCUAACACUGAAACUGCUCAUAAUGCUCCAAGCUGCCCACUAGUACACGGUCCAUUUAGACAUUAUAUUUUAAAUGUCCUCUGGAUUGUUAUUAAUAUUAUAUGCGUGGCACUCACGUUAUUUCAUUUGAGAAAAUUACACAGAGAUCUCACUAAGGCCAAUGUAGAAGCUGUACGAGUUGCAGGUCUUGUCACAACCCUAGUCAAUGUUACGGGUGGUGGACACGGAGGAACAAAUGGAAUAGUCGACGGUACUACAGACCAGAGAAAUGGAACUACGCCAAAGAGAGGAGGUGCUGUAGAAGAGCAUCGAAAAAUGAGAAACUAUUUGCAACGAAUGGAACGUGAAGGAGUCCAGAGAGUAAAAAUGUUCUUAGUUAUUACAGCAGCUUACGUCAUAUUUUGGGGUCCUUUAUUUUUCGUGACUUUAGUCCAUCAUCCUGUAAUUGGAAACACUACUGGAUAUGAGGUCACUCUUCACAUUGCUUAUAUUCAUGCGUUCGUGAACCCUGCUUUAUUCCUCACCCUCCAUCGAGGACUUCGUCAGGGUAUCUCUGAUGUGUGUUGUGGCUGCUGUGAAAGCUUUGCCCGAUGGAUUCUCGGCUCGGCGACAAAUAGUCCGCUCCAGUCAGUUCAACCACCUAGAUAUGAAGCACCAUCGAACGCUCCGUCACCUCCAGAACCUCCUCCACCUCCAAUGGCAGCAGUAACGUCUUUCGAUCUUACUGACGUUGCUCUUCUAAAACCACCAUUACCUCCAACAGCUAAAUACCUGCCUCAAGAUGAGCCUUUAAAUGUAUCAUCUGAUUCUUGGGGCACUGGAAUUACUAGGCCGAAAAGUAUUUCGAGCUUAUAUGAGGAGAAAUUGUCAAGAAGACCGAGCUUACUGCUUUCAAAUAUGAAUGAUAUGCCACCAGCUGUUAGUCCAACGUGUAGUGAUAUGCCUAGCGACUAAACUAUUAUAUCUAGAUGCUGAAGUAAAUUGAAACGUUGCCAAAAUGUAAUAGCGGUUUCAAGGAUUUAUCCAGCUUUCAUAAGAAGCUGACAUCAAUACGGAAUAUUUUUUUACAAAAUGUUCGAGUAUAAUAUAACUUUGAUUCU